AUGAUUCAAGAACGUGGAGACUACAAGUCACUAGAUCCUGUUGAUAUCCUCGUAAGACUGGAUACUCAUGAAUUCCAACAAGCUGAGAAGACAGAUCUCUACGGGCCAAGCUAUGGAAGAUCACGUGCACUGGAGGCCAAGGAAAUUUCCUCAUCUGAAGGGGAAAAUUCUGACAACAACCUUGGUGAUCCUGAGGAACUAAGCCAGGCGCUAGCAAUGCUCGUGAGGAAAUUCCAGAAGUUCUCAAGGCGUGGCCAUUUGGAAAAUCUUCAAGAGUGGCUGAAGGAAUCAAAGAAGAAGAAGUACAAGGAUGACAGUUCAGAUGACUCGUAG